AUUAUGUAAUUUGCCAAAAUGACAUUUGACUUAAGGCUGCCAAGCAGCUAAAGUAAGCUUUUAUUUUAUUUUUACUUUAAAAAGUAGUCGGAAACGACGCGUUAAAUUACGAUUACGAUGAUGGUAAUUUCACAAAAUGUAUUGAAAACCUGAACGUUUGUCAGAACUCUCAAUGCAACUGCCUGCAUUUUAUGACCCGGAGGAAGCAAGUGAAAUACUUGUGGUUUUUAAAGGUGAAAGUUGAGAGUCAGCAAGGUGGCUCAUUGGUUACCGGCACUGUGGUCAAACCUGAACCACAGCUUCAUUUCUAGGACCCAUGUGACGAAGAGAGAAACUAUCUUUCAAAGAUGUCCUCUGAGAUACGCGUGUGGACUGUGGCACAUGCCCACCUACUCACACCCAAAAUCAAUAAGAAUAUGCAAAACCUAUCUGAAUGAAAGUUGAAUUUAUGAUAGCUUUAGAUCUGUGGCAAGGUUUUAAGGAUAUGCAUAGGGGGAAGAGUCCCAGCUAAUCAUCACCAUUUCCCCUGUGCUGACAGAUGCCAUCAUCAGGGAAGAGCUGCUACAGUUCUGUGACCAGCUUAACUAAAUCCAGGCUCCAUGUGAGUCUCCCCUUUCCCUUGAACACUUUCACUUUGUUCCCAGUACAAUCUAGGGCACCAUGCUUCAUCUAGUGAUCAUGUCUCCCUGAGAGCCUCUACCCUGUGUUGCUUUCUCGGUCUUGUUUUUAAUGAUGUGGACAGCUUUGAAGAGGGCUGGUAGGGAUGGUUAUAGAACAUUUGGGUCCCGUUGAUAUUAUCCUCAUUGUUAUUCUGGAUUAUGCAUGGACUUCAGGGUGGAUGUUAUAAAGUUAUUCUUCUGGACAUUCUUGUUGCCAUGCUGCUGGCUUAUGAUAUCAUCAUGCUGCUGGCUUAUGACAUCAUCGUGCUGCUGGCUUAUGACAUCAUCGUGCUGGUGGCUUAUGACAUCAUCAUGCUGCUGGCUUAUGACAUCAUCAUGCUGCUGGCUUAUGACAUACAUCCUUGCCAGUGGCAACACUGUAGUGAGUACUGAAAAAUUGGAAAUCAAAACUUCAUAGCAGGGGGUUUGUGUAGCACAUAUUCUUACAUUGUCUUGUCCGUUCUCAGCAUUGAAGAUUAAAUUGUGUUCAUUGACAAGUGACUACUUGUAACCCCACAAUCUCCCAUUUCUCUGUUUCUUUCUCCCUACUUCCUACAAUUCUCUUUCUCAUGCCCUUGUCUAUUCGUUUUGUUUUGUGAUCUGUAGAGUUUUACUGGAAUCUUCUACACAACCAUGUGUUGGGAGCUAUCCUUUGGAGCCUGGACACACAGGGGAAGGCAAUGGCUCAUCCCCAAAACUCUGUCACUUGCCGAUAGUUGGGCAGUAAGGGCUGAGGCCCAUUAGCCCUUCUGCUUCAUCUGACUGUUUAAAAUGUCAGUUUUGUGCCCACCCCAUGCAGGGACCAUCUUGAGUAUUUCUAGUUCCCCGGCUUCCAUAGACACUCCAUACCAAACAACCAAAGCUGAGGAGCUGAGGUUACGAUCCACAGAGCCACAAUGGCAUCAUGAGUUUGCGCCUUUGAGAGCUGAUUGUGCCAGAAGAGCUCCACAAGUCCUGUUUUGAAAAAGUGGAGAUAUUUAUGAAAGAGGCUUCACAUACAGAAUGAAGAAGAUGAGCAACAUUUACGAGUCGGCUGCCAACACGCUGGGGAUCUUUAACAGCCCCUGCCUGACCAAGGUCGAGCUGCGUGUGGCGUGCAAAGGCAUUUCCGACAGAGAUGCUCUGUCUAAGCCGGACCCUUGCGUCAUCCUCAAGAUGCAAUCCCACGGGCAGUGGUUCGAGGUGGACAGGACGGAAGUGAUUCGUACCUGCAUAAACCCAGUGUACUCAAAGCUGUUUACGGUGGACUUUUACUUUGAAGAGGUCCAACGUCUCCGGUUUGAAGUCCAUGACAUCAGCAGCAACCAUAAUGGGCUGAAGGAGGCUGACUUCCUGGGUGGCAUGGAAUGCACACUUGGCCAGAUUGUCUCUCAGAGAAAGCUUUCCAAGUCCUUGCUAAAGCAUGGGAACACAGCGGGGAAGUCCUCCAUCACGGUGAUUGCUGAAGAAUUAUCAGGCAAUGACGACUACGUGGAGCUUGCAUUCAAUGCACGGAAAUUGGAUGAUAAGGAUUUCUUCAGUAAAUCCGACCCCUUCCUGGAAAUAUUCAGAAUGAACGACGACGCCACUCAGCAGCUUGUGCACCGAACAGAGGUUGUGAUGAAUAACUUAAGCCCAGCCUGGAAGUCAUUCAAAGUAUCGGUGAACUCUCUCUGCAGCGGAGAUCCGGACCGCAGGCUGAAGUGCAUAGUGUGGGACUGGGACUCCAAUGGCAAGCACGACUUUAUUGGAGAAUUCACCUCUACCUUCAAGGAGAUGAGAGGCGCCAUGGAAGGGAAACAGGUACAGUGGGAAUGCAUCAACCCCAAGUACAAGGCCAAGAAGAAGAAUUACAAGAAUUCAGGAAUGGUGAUUCUGAAUCAGUGCAAGAUCCACAAGAUGCAUUCCUUCUUGGACUACAUCAUGGGUGGCUGUCAAAUCCAGUUUACAGUAGCUAUAGACUUCACUGCCUCUAAUGGAGACCCCAGGAACAGCUGCUCCCUGCACUAUAUCCACCCAUACCAGCCCAAUGAGUACCUAAAGGCCUUGGUGGCUGUGGGAGAGAUUUGCCAAGACUACGACAGUGACAAAAUGUUCCCGGCUUUUGGGUUUGGUGCCAGAAUACCCCCGGAGUACACGGUCUCUCAUGACUUCGCAAUCAACUUUAAUGAAGACAACCCGGAGUGCGCAGGAAUUCAAGGAGUUGUGGAAGCUUAUCAGAGCUGCCUUCCCAAGCUCCAGCUUUAUGGUCCCACGAACAUCGCUCCCAUCAUUCAGAAGGUUGCCAAGUCAGCCUCAGAGGAGACAAACACCAAGGAGGCUUCGCAAUAUUUCAUCCUGCUGAUCCUGACAGACGGUGUCAUCACAGACAUGGCUGACACCCGGGAGGCCAUCGUCCAUGCCUCCCACCUUCCCAUGUCCGUCAUCAUCGUGGGAGUGGGGAACGCCGACUUCAGUGACAUGCAGAUGCUGGACGGUGACGACGGAAUUCUAAGGUCACCCAAGGGAGAGCCUGUCCUUCGAGACAUCGUCCAGUUUGUGCCCUUCCGGAACUUCAAACAUGCGUCGCCAGCUGCCCUUGCAAAGAGCGUGUUGGCUGAAGUCCCAAAUCAAGUCGUGGACUAUUACAAUGGGAAAGGGAUUAAACCAAAGUGCUCGUCGGAAGUGUAUGAAUCGUCCCGGACGCUGGCACCGUGAACUCCACACUUUUACGGAGUUCAGAAGCACUGUUCAUUCUAUUCCUGCACUUUAAAAUAACAAAAACAAAAACAAAAACAACAAUAUACAUUUAAAGAUAGCACGUUUUGGUGAUUUUUAACUAUUUUUUUUUGCAUGUGAAGCCCCAAGCCCUGGAUCUGUUAAGCCCUUGUAUUGUUAAAGACUUUUUACAAAGAAAUACAGUCAUAACAUACUCUUUACAGCAUGUCGCCUUGAAAUAAAAUGGUAUAUGUAUCCAUUUUUAUACCGGUUUGUUGAAAUUUUGCUAAAUUUCUUAUUAUCUUUACACUGUAAAGCAUUUUGAAACAUUUCCUGAAUGUUGAUAGCCAAAGGGUAUAUUUGGCUUACUCUCCUAUAGGAUGAGAGACUUUUCAAAAUGGCAGAUGCAUGGACUGUAUUUUGCAUGUUUAAAAUAAUUAUAAUAAAAAUAACCUUACACUGUUUUUGCAGUUGUUAUCUAUAAUCUCUCCCUGCUGAGAAUGGUCUCUCUCUACUAAAUACAUUUAUGUACCUAGAGGUAGUCUUUUCUGAAGUGGGCCUGGGUCAUUUGUCCCAGUCCCCUUCUUUACACACUCCCAUAGACACAAAUUCCCCGAGAAUCUUGUUCUAAUGGAGUUUGCUAAUGCCGGGCUUGAGGUUCUGCACGUCUCCCAAGGUCCUCAGUGAUGCUAACCCAUUUCUUGCACUGCACUAGGACUAAUGAGGUUCUGAACUUGAGGCUUUCGCCACAGAGAUCACGCCAAACAGAGCAGCUCCUAGCCUGCUUGCCCACAGCACCUCUUCUGCCCCCAAUAGCUUAGAGGACCAGCCUGGCCCGUCUCUGGGAUGAGACUAGAAAGUUAGGAGACUGAUUCCAGAAGCUGUCCACCACACAUCAGCCUCCCGGCUUUAUAGCCCCGCCUCUUCCUCAUCCAGACUGAGGAGCACUCCUUCCAGCUUGCUCCCGAUUGGCUAAAAGAGGCACCACAGCUUGCUGCGUGGGUGGGUCCAAUUUUAUGUCAGUUCCUAGAAAUUAUCUCCCAGGAUUCCUCCCUUGGACUUUGAGUGGAAUCUUGAUCAUGCCAAAUAGCAAUAUGGCUGCCCAACUUUCUGUUCUAAUCACUUGGUCUUUGAGCUCACUGUGGGGGCACCUUUUGGCCUCUUUUGUAUCACUCCUGAGUACAAUUUCCAUAAGCAGAAGUGCCCUGGAAUUGUGUAGGAUGGGGACAUUUUGUCUGAAUCUAAGGAAGUCUUAAAACCAAAACAACGACUUCUUUUCUUAUGAUCUUCUCUCGGAGAAAUGGACAAAUGUUUUAUAAGCUGUAAAAGGCACAAAAUGAAACUUAUUUUUGGUCAGAAAAAUAGUGAAGUGUAUCCUAAGCAAAAAAAAAUCUGUUGUUGGGGAAGUUUUUGGUUCUGUUUUUUUUUUUGUUUGUUUGUUUGUUUUAAAGGGGAAACAAUAAUAAUUAAUUAAGCAAAUCAAAUGUCUUGUACAAUUUCCAGAGUUAUAAUUAUAGAUUAUCUUGCAAAUACAUGUCAACCAAAUGCAUAACAUUUUGGGAAUGAUGGUUUAAAACAAAUGUAUGACAGAAAAAAAGUCACAAAUGUUUAAAUUGUAUUGUUUUCUGAAUAAAUUGGGUACUUACAGAA